CACAGGGAGUUGGUGGAGUCACUGUUCCAGACAGGAUGUGGCACUUAGUGCACUCCAGGGUCUAGCUGGCAUGGUGGUCCUGGGUCACAGGUUGGAGUCGAUGAUCUCCAGAGGCCUUUCCCAACCUCAUUGAUUCAGUGAAUCUUCAGUUACAGUCACAGCACCACCGGCCUGUGGAGUCUACAGCUGCACUUCCACUCGGAAGGGAACUGUCUCAUCCGCGCGCUUACUGCAGGGAGGACCAAAGGCGCUUUUAUCACGACAUGGGUUCUGUCCGGACCUGCAGCAAAACGACUCCACAAAAAGAAACACCUUCAGAGCAAAGAUGAAUAUUGGGAAAGCUUACAGUGCUGCCAACAUCAGCAAUGGAACAGAUCUAGCUAUUGGCUUUGCCUCUUCCACAGUAGCUGUCCUUCUAUUUGGGACAAACUUUGUGCCUGUCAAGAAAUUUGAUACUGGUGAUGGCAUGUUCUUCCAGUGGAUUCUCUGUGCCUCCAUAUGGAUAGUUUCUUUGGUGGUCAAUUUGAUCCAGAAUUGCCCCCGCUUUUGGCCCCUGGCUAUGGUUGGAGGUUUCGUGUGGGCUACAGGCAAUGUUACAGUUGUCCCUAUUGUUAAAACUAUUGGCUUAGCUCUUGGUCUCUUGAUAUGGGCUUCUUUUAAUUUGCUGACAGGCUGGGCAAGUUCAAGGUUUGGUUGGUUUGGAAUUGACCCAGAGGAGGUAUCAAGACCAAUCUUAAAUUAUAUUGGAGCUGGACUUUCACUUAUAAGUGCUGUCAUAUUUCUUUUUAUAAAAACUGAAGUCCAGAGUUCUUCAACUUCAUUAGAAAGCACACCUUUACUGAGAGAAAGUUCUAUAAAUGUUUCUGAAGAGACCACUGAGGACUCAUGGGUGAACAAACUUUCUCCAGCAAAAAGGAGACUCAUAGGCUGUAGCCUGGCUGUAGUGGCUGGAAUACUCUAUGGUUCCAGUUUUGUACCAGUACUUUACAUCAAGGACCAUGGAAGAAGAAAUGAAACUCUAUACGCAGGAGCAAGUCAGUUUGAUUUAGAUUAUGUUUUUGCACACUUCAGUGGAAUAUUUCUUACAAGUACCAUCUACUUUUUGAUCUACUGUGCAGUCAGGAAGAAUAAACCUUAUGUUUAUCCCCAAGCCAUAUUGCCAGGGUUUGUUUCUGGUGUGCUUUGGGCAAUAGCCAAUUGCUGCUGGUUCCUGGCCAAUCACUAUCUCAGUGCUGUUGUCAGCUUUCCAAUAAUUACUGCAGGUCCUGGCCUUGUUGCUGCAAUGUGGGGAGUCCUUGUAUUUAAGGAAAUCAAGGGACUGAAAAACUACAUGCUACUGUCAGUAUCGUUUUGCAUCAUUUUGGCUGGAUCACUUUCCACAGCUUUUUCUAAAGUUUGAAAGGACCUUCUGGACCAGUAGAUGGUGCUAGCGUUUAACACAAAUAGAAAGACCAUGUUGGUAGAUCUUAGUACAUAAUAAUUUUUAAAAUGCAUGUCCAACAUUUACACUAACUUACUUCAGCCAAGUGGAAAAUGAAAACAUUUGGCAUGAAAGAAUCUGGAAAUAUUUGUUCCUGUUUUUCUUGGAAUAGUAAGAAAAUCAAAGGACUUUAUUAAUCAAAGCUAAAUGAUUUUAUUGUUACUAAUUUUUUUGGUUUUUCAUUCAGGUGCUAAACUUCAUGUCAUCAUAAAUUUUGGAUAAAUUGUUGUGAUAGUGGAUAGUGAUUUUAAUGUUAGUUUAUAAUACUGUAUGUGUUUGCAAGCUGAUUUGUUUUAUUAAAACAUUUUUCUUACUGACUUAAAUAUAAGAUACAUCUUGAAAUAUUCCUUAUGAAACUGAUAUCCAUGAAAAUAAUAAAGCUUUUCUUUUAUUUUGAAGCGUUAUUCUUUAAACUCAUGAGUGUACAUGAAAAUGUUAUCUUCCAGUCACUUCAAGUUUGCGAAGAAGAUUGAGUAAAAAGGGUGCUGCAAAAUAAAUUACUUUUGUUUUAUGCUUUCCAUAACCACUCUAACAGGAACAACUGUUUAUUUUCUUACUUGUGGCAGCUAACCUUCAUGUAUGCAGAGCAUGUUAUUUGCAUCUCCCCUUAGCCUUUUCUUCAAUACAUUAGACACCCCCAGCUCCUUCAGUCUUCUCUUGCCUGUAACUUGCUUGCAAUUUCUAUGUGUCUUUCCUGACAAUAGAACAGUUUGGCUGGAAGGGACUUCAAAAUCAUCUAGGCCCAACCCCUCUGCUGAGGACAGGGAUGCAAUUCACUAGACCAGCUUGCUGAGGGCCCCAGACCUUGAACACUUCCAGAUUUAAGACAGAAGCAGCUUCUCUGGACAGCCUAUUCAAGUGUUUCACCACCACCUGAGUAAGGAAUUUCAUGCUGACAUCUAAUCUAAAUCUAACCUCUUUCAGUGUAAAACCAUUGCCCCUUGUCCUGUCACUGUCUGCCUAUAUAAAAAGUCCCUCUCCCUCCUUUUUGUACACCACCUUAAGCUUCUGAAAGGCUGCAUUGAGGUUUCCCUGAAGCUUUUCUCCAUGCUGAUCUCUCACUAAGUGGACUGGGUCUGUGUAGAAUACCAAAACAUAGCAGUCAGGCUACAUCCUGUAGCCAGAAGCUAGGAAGAGCAGCAGUAAGACUAUGGGUGUUUUCCCCCAUCCCAUUUGCAAGCUCUGUUCAUAGUUAGACAUCACAAGUUUUUGCUAUCAUGACUUGAUAUUGUUAGCAUGUUUAGAUUGCAAUCAUAAUUUCUCCUUUCUCCCUUCCACCUUUCUUUGUCUGCUCUGCAACAGAUUUGAUUUUAUAACUGUUACUCAACCUGCUUUUUCCUGUCUUGUGUUGUUUAUUCCUACCUAGGUGCCAGAACUUGGUGUCUGACAGUUUUUUCCCCCUUUAAGGCAUUUCUCUAAUGUUAAACUUGUUCUCCAACAAGGUGGCAGCAUUUUUCAGCCAGAUGUCAUCUGCAAAUUUAAUAAAUGUACUAAUUGCUAUAAAUAAUGAAAAUGCUGCAUGUUACUGGCCUUUACUUACAUUUUGGUAUCUAAUACUUCUUUUUACUUUUCAGGGAACAAUUGAUUAACCUUUGAGUACAAUUUUCCUGUCUUGCAGUGCUUUUGUUUAGACUGUGUUCUCAGAGCUUUUACAUAACAUCAGGUAGAAAAGUCAUAGUACAUGAUGUUUUCUACUAAUACCUGAUAUUGAACAGAAAACUGCUAUUUUUUUUCUGUCCAGUACCUGGGUCAGGCACAAUUUCUCCUUGACAGACAUCGACUGUUACUUACCUAGCCAUUAUGCUAUUGACUCAGACAAGGACAAGUAUUCAUUGUGGUUUUGAAAAUAACUUGAAUUAAACAGGACAUUUAUUAAUUUCCUUGGUUCUGUUUAAUUUCUUGAAGUUCACAGUCUUAAGGAUUCUCUUCUUAAAUAUUCCAGGAAUUUAUUCCAUGCCAGAAAGUUGCUGAUCGACAAGGAAUUGGAAAAAUGAAAACACAAUAUCCUUAGGCUCCUCAGAUUUACAGAUAGGCUUUAGGCUAGAACUUUAAAACUAGACUUUAAUAUGUCAGUGAGGUGCAUAUACUUCACUGGUUUACAUAUAGUAAAUUAUGAAUGCCUCAGUCCUCCUCCCUAGGAGGGGCAAGGCAGCAGCAGGACAAGCUGCCUUGGGCAAGCAGGUGACAGCAGCAGGGGCAUGUGCCUGCCCUGCACAGCCCCUGUUUCGCCCCCAGACCCUCUCCCCCUUCUCCCCUCUUCCAGGGGGAAGCUGUGCUCUCAGUGAGCAGUGAACUCUGCAGGAAAUGUCCCUCCUGCUUCAGGUGGGUGCUCUGGGCUGUUCCAGUGCCCCUGCAUGGAGGAUGGCCAGAGGGUGCUGGUUUUCCAGCCAUGCUUCCAACAAGACUGUGCCUGCUCCACCUCAGGAGCAACACAGAUGCAGGCAUGCUAUUGGAGUUUUGAAACUCAAGGGCUUUGUGGUGUCUAGAAUUAUGAUCACUUUAGGUAAUGAAAUGUCACUUUUAGAUGAAGAAAAGAAACUUGGAUGCAGUAUUCCACGCUGAACUGUACAGGAAAUGUUACAAACUGUACAUUCUGUUCAUCAUCUCCGUAACAACUAUGACUUUAAAGGCUUGGGACAUUAUAUUUACUACAGGAAAAAAUCCCAACCAAACUAGUAAUCAGGGGGGUUUUCUUCACAAAUAGACAGAGACCUAGUUCAGCUAUGGAGAAGAUACGUGCUCCUGUGGCUGCUGCUAUUUCCAUGAUGAUGAGAGACAGAACUUCCACCCUUUCUGCUUUCCCCCAUCCUCUAUACAUUUCCUGGGAUAGAUGAUCUUACAGCCUCUGCUGUCUCUCUUGGGGGAUGCUGUUAAAUUAACUUGCAAUACAGGCGCAGCAUCCAUCUACUGGAUAUGAUUACAGGAAAAAGCUAAAUCUUCCAGGGCAGGAGCACCUUUGCAUUUCCUAGAUUUUGUACAAGAUCAUUGAUUUUUAUGGGAGGGGGACACAAACAAACACAGAAAAAAAACAACCAAAAAAAACCACCUGAGCUCCUGUCCAUAGCAAUUGCCAUGUAAAUAAAUGUUUGUAGUCUGAUGCAGUUCUCCAGUCUAUGUUGUAAAGCUAUCAGAUCUGCAGACUUAAUUGCUGACUGCUAGGAUGUUAAUUAAAAAUCUUCCUUAUGACAGCUCAAGUAUGACCUUUAUUAAAAUUUUUUUACAAGCUGUCCUAUUAGAUUUGACUUGUUGACUGCAAGAAAAAAAUCCCACCACUUCCAGCACUUUUCUGUGAAAAGUCCCCUGUGGCAUUCCAAAAUAAUUUUUGUGAUGUUCACUUGGAAUAUGUUGUAUAAAUAUUCCACUCAUUUCUGAGAUUUUUCUUGGUCUUGACAUUUCCAGUUAGAAAUAACACUGUUACUUCUUUCAUGUGAGGAUGCUGGAUUAACAGCAUGUUUACAGAGUUAUUUGUACAAAAUGGUCUGGAAGUAACUGAGUUUAGUAAGAGAAAAAUCUACAGCUAAUAUAAAUUGUCAUGGUUCUGUUUAUAUCAACUUGUUUUUGUAUAAAUGGAAGAAUCACAUCUCUUGGAGAAAACUAAGCUUUCAAAUAUUUGUUUAUGCCUGUUCAGCAACUUUUAAGAACAUAUUUGAGCUUGCUUUAAGAAUUUUUCUCUGGUAAUACUUAGAGGCAAAGUAGCCUUUAAAAUAUAGGUAAACUGGGAGUUUUUGAAGAUUUUUGUGCAGUCUUGUGAACUGGGGAGCUCGGUGUCAUCUUUUUUUAGAUUUCUUUUACCUCUUUAUUCCUUUUCCUAUGUUAAUUAUCAAUGGAUAAUUUGAGGCUCACUGCCCUUCCAGAGUUUUAUUCCUUCAUAUUCUUAGUAUUUAAUAAUUUAAAUACAAUUGCUCCUAAAACUGGUGCUUUUUUAAUCCUAGAUAAAUUUUGUAGUUUCUUUGCAUCAUAAUUUUCUUUUUCAACUGAUAUUCAAGGUUGAUUAAAUACUAUUUCAACUGUCUGACCUGAUCUUCAGUUUUCUUGCAGCUGGCCUAAAAAUAAAAUGAAAAUUAAGAUGAUGCAUGCUGGUAAUUACUGGUUUUUUUCUUUCCAUUUUGACCUUGUUUUCAAAUAUAAAACUGAUGUUUAAUGCCCUAUUCCAUAAUUACUGAAUUACUAAUGGAUUAUACUUUCCUUUAGCUAUAUGUAAUGCUGAUAGAUAGUGACUAUGAGGUAUAUUAUGUUAAUUGCUGAAGUGCUGAUUCUUACAUUCUUCAUGCUUACCAUAAAAUAUUUUUAAAAUCUUAAAUAUAUUUAAUUUUUAAUGUAAAUACCAAACAGUUCUUGUGUCUCUUGCUGCUCUGAAGGGCCUGUUUGAAAGUCUAACCUGAGAGAGGAAAUAAAGGAAACAGGACCUGCAUUAGUCCUGCUGCUAUCAGUGGUCCAGGCAGUCCUUGGGCAAGUAACUUGGCAUGUGCUCAGGUUUUGGUAUUCAUAUAGGGACCAAUUCACUGAUACUGACAUAAACCAUACCUAGAGAUACUAAAGUUAUUACCCAUGUCUUAGCAUUUUUCAUGUUGUGGAUCUUCUAAAAACAUUUCCUGCAGAACUGGGAAACAAACCACAAAUCUUCCUGGGCCAAAGCAGGGAAGAGAUGCAGAGGGAGAGGUUUUUCACCUUACUUAAUAAAAGGAGAGAACUGAUGGCUGUAAUUUUUCUGUGCCCUUGCUUUGCUGCAGUGAUGAAGCUGUCACAGCUGUCUGAGCUAGUCUCACUGAGCCUGUAGGCAAACCUCAAAGGAUAUUGUUCGUUGACACCGUUCAGGGAUCACAAUAAAAAUGUUGCUGUUUGUGGAUAGAGGCUGGGGAAGAGGAGCACUUGUUCAGGAGUUGCAGAGUGAUAACUGCUCCCCACCUGUAUUUGUACACCUGGGCUUUGAUCCCAGCCAAGGAAGAGCCCUGGGAAUACAAAGGCCACAGGCUCUUUGCAGGUCCAUCUUAGGAGAAGGGCUGAUCUAUUCCUUAACUGGAUGGCAAUAUUUCACAUCAGGUGGUGCUCUGACUCUGUAGGUUAUUUUCCAGUUGAUUUUGUGUGCAAUUGAAAGGUUGGAACUUGUUUAAAAGCAUUUCAUGGCUUGUGUUCCUUGAAGCAUUCUGUGCUUGUCAAGUUCAAAGGAAAUGGUUUAGACUGUUGGCUUGUCUUACUUCCAGAUGUACUUGCAGUGAGCAUGCAUGACCUCAUCAUCAAUUUCUGCUUCAGAUGUUUGUGUCUAGCAUUUUCAAGUGAAGUAGUUGAAAUUUAGUGCAUAAAUCCAAAAACUAGCAUUUCUAUCUAACUAAAGUUCUAUGUGAAUAAAAAAUAGCCUUGUUUGGAUGUUUCUAGAAGUUGGCAGCAUAACACAUUACAUUAUGUGAACAACGAGAUAUUUAUUACAAAUAGGUUAAGCACUUGCAGCUUGUGAGUUGUAGCAUCCAUUUUGUUUCCUUGACUUUCAAGAGGUAGUCACCACAUUCUGCUUAUACUCUUCUAACUUUGCAGACAUUGAAGUAAAAUGCUAGUCCUUUUUUCUUCCUUGGUUACAUUGAUUAUAGUUUAGAUAGAUUCUUUUUCCUAACUUAGUGGGCAACAGUCGAUUCAAUGAAGCAAUAGUGAAUUUCACAGAAAUGGGGAAAAGCUGAACUAUGUAGACAUGUUCCUGUAAAGGCUUGGUGAUAUCAUGCCAUGCUAUUCUUUAGCUGAUCACACCUUUCAUACUUUUAUUUGAUAGUUGUCAUGUCCCCAGCAUUUCCUUUUUUUACAGGAAUAAAAUUAUUGUUCCUGAAUUAUUGUGAUAAUUCAAUUAGACUGAUCCAAUCAAUAGACUUCUGCUAUUGAAUCUGGAUUUCACUCAUUGUUCUCUUUAUGUGGGUCAAGCUGAUUAAAGAUUAUGCUACUACCCAGCUGUUUGCUACUAACAGACACCUUGCAGGGAAACCAAUGGAUAGGAUUGUGAGGAAGGUUGUGAACUUCCUGGCAAAAAAACAGCUACAUUAACUUUCUUCACUGUGACAAGGUCACCCGAGGAAAUUCUGGGGGUGCGGAAUAGCACUUUAACCUAGCAUAUUAAGAGCAUGUCCCUGCUACUUUGCAUCUGAUCAUUGGGACAGAAAUGCUCUUUCCUAAAACCUUUUGUUUUCCCCUUUGUUUUACUUCAGUGAGAAGAUUCAGCUUAAUUUUUUUUUUUUUACCUGAAGCUAAGAACUUUUCAAACAUCUGUAAAUUUACUGUGCCCUGCGAGGCUUGCAAAUUUGUUUGCUGCUUAUCCUAUUUGGUAUCAUUUCCAUGCCUUACAGAUAACAUCUGGAUUUUACUAGAAAUUCAGAAUCCUGGCUGCCCUAAACACAGUUUUUAAUAUGAUGUUAUUGAUUAGCUAUGCCUUACACAUUGCAUCUUAAAUAUUGUCUGCUGUUGAUGGCUGGGACUGUUUAAGGAUGAGAUGUGCCAAGUUUCAUAGUCCCUUUCAGUUUUAGGUCUUCAAAAAGUGUCAUUUUGAUAACUGCAACUAAAAAUGCAAGAAAGUAUCUUCUUUCCUGGGCCUCCAUGAAAUAUGCCCUGACCAAUAUUUGGAGAUCUCUCGCAUUUGUUUCAUGAGGAAGAUCCAAAAGAGCAGGGUUAGACUCCAGCACAUGGAUUUCUGAGUGGCUAGAAGGCACAAAGAGCUGCCAUGCAAUAAAACUGCUUCUGAAAAUUUAAAAGAAUAAAGUACCUCAGCAAAACUGUUCCACUCUGUUUUACAUGUUUGUUAUGUCUAUGUAUCUGUUGCUAGAAAUGUUAGCUUUCACAUUAAUGGCAACUUGCUGAUGGAAUAUCGCAUUUUAGGGCUACCAUCAAAACAUUUCAAAGAACAUCACCAUUUCAAAUGACCAAGUUAUUUAUAUAUGCAAAUACAUAAGCUGUAAAUAUCAAUAUAUGUGUGUAGACAUGUAGAGAUGCACUCUAAAUCAGGUCCUUUUAGUUAAAGAAAGAUCUGGGAGUUUUUGCAACUAGCUACCUGAGAAUGUCAAUUCAGUGACAUUCACAGGUUAACAGCAGUUGAAAAAUGCUAGCAUGUUUGAAAUUUUUAAACAGUAAGUGGGGAAAUAUCAUUAUGCCAGUGUGUAGUUUCAAUUCACUGAUCACUGAAAUACAUGUUUAGUGGAUUUUUAAAAGUCAGGCAGAAACAAUAGAUUUUCCCUUUUACAGAAUAAUUCCUACUUUAAGUAGCACAAGACCCAGCCUGAAUGUGAUAACAUUAUCAAAAUGUGAUAACAACAUGUCCAUACAUUGACAAGAAGAAACAUGUUAAUAGGGAUUGAUUGGUCACUGUGGGUUAUGCAGGAAAAACUGAACACAAUAAAGUUAUUAGAAAUGAGUUUUGAAAGACAACUGUGACUUUUUCAAAGAAAUCAUAAUCAGUGUUUUAAAACUUAUUCUCAGAAGAUUUAGUACCUAUUAGUAUUAAAAAUGGGUUCUGAGGCAAUUAGUGAAAGAUAAGGCCAUUUCUGACUAUCAGUCACUACUGCUGAUCUGAAUGGAACCUCUGGCUCAAGCCUUUAAGCCACUUGAUUUCCAGAAAGAGCUAUUUCAUGAGAGAAAGCUUUUGGUUCCAGACAUAAUCAUUCAAAGUCCAAUAUUUGCAGAAUUCUACAUAUAGAGAACAUACAAUAUAAUUUCAUUAAAAUGGUGAUAUAAAUUCCAUGGCAAGGUUAAGCAGAUAGGCACCUUUUAAGUGUAAUUUUUCAACAACUCUCAUUAUUGGGAUAUUCCCAAACACUGCAAAUGUUUUGGGUAAUACUGACAUCCAAUGUUUAAAUUAGGACCUAAACUUUAUAAUUUAAAAUCUGUUUAUGUUGACCAAGACCAUUAGAUUAAAAUGCACAACUUCAAUAAAAACUUUGAAAUAUUCCUUCUAAUGCAGAACUUUGCACAAAGCAGAGGCUGUUUCUGGCAGGUAUCAUUCACACUAGCAGCUCUGUGAAAGGUUACACUGUUAGUUUGGUUUCUAUCUGCUGUGGCUUCUGUCCUUUGCUCACUGCCCAGCAAAGAAAUUUCUCCAUGGAAUCAACAUGUGAUCAUUGGUACAGGUGGGGACUACUUUUGAUUAGGGUGAUUGUAUUUUUUCUUCAACUUCUGUCCAAAUUUGUCACCAUGGUUUGUGCUAAUUGUGAUGACAAGCACAAGGAAGUCAAAAGGCAAAACUCCAGAAGAUAGUAAAACAGAAAAUGUUAAAGAGAGAUAAUUGAGAAAAGCAGAAGGAGCAAGCUAGUAGAAAUUAAUGUGAUGAGAAAUAUAAGCAGAACAUUGAUGUAGGACUUCCACUAGAAGGACAAUGAGCUUUUAAUUAAGAUGUGGCAGACAGGCAGAAAUUCAAGAAGUACAGAUGACAGAUCAAACCAUGAUGAAGCUGAUUGUCUUUCCACUGCAGUAAUAAAAUUAAGAAGCAAUGAAGUUACAAUAACAAUUUCUGAUUAUCUGAAUUAAAGGGACUUUCAACAACUCUGACAUAUUGAACUGAUUAUGCUUCUAAUUUAGGGACUGUGGUAUGUUUUAGCAUAACUUUGCUCAGAUAAAAACUUGGAAUCUCUCUUCCAGCCUUACACAGUGAAAUAAAGGAGGCUAAAAAGAGCAGUCUUUGUACAAUUUUAUCAGGGAAUGCUUUCAGUAUUUCUCCCCAACCAUUGCAAUGUGUCAGCAGCAUAACUUAUUUUCCUAGUUACUUGAGUAAUAAUUCCAUUAUUUCUCUGUGUGUUUGUUCUCAAAAUAAACAUGACUUGGCAAAAGUU